AUGUCUGAAGAUGGUCAAAAUAAACAUGCAUCAAUUCUUAGAAAAUAUCCAACAUAUCGAGAUGAUUUCGUCAAUGGUAGUUGGAAAUGGAUAGAAGGAAGGCAAAUGGAUGAUAAUGCCGAAGGGUUAUGGCGAGUUCAUGAUAAAUUGUGCGAUUUAAAAAAAUUUGUAACUGCUCAUCCUGGUGGAAGUGAUAUCACGGAAGCUUUUGAAGCAUAUCAUUUGACUGAAAAAGCAUCAAAUAUUUUACAAAAAUAUUUUGUGAAAGAUGCAGAGUUACCACGUAACUACAAAUUUACCUUUAAAGAUGAUGGUUUUUAUCGAACUUUGAAACGUCGUGCUACAAAAGUUUAUGAGAAUAUGGAUAAAAGCUCUUUAUUAUUAAGGAAGUCGAAGUUGAUUUCUGAUUUGAAUCUUUUUCUAUUCUUUUUCACAUCGCUUUUGUUUGUGAGAAUGAGAGAAUGUUUUUCCAUUUCAUUUAGACUUGUAUAA